CAUGUAGUAGAUAUCCAUUAUCAACAAGUUCUGACAUUUUUUUCGAGAAUGGUAGCUCUUCCGUUCCAGACCUUAACACAGUUCCCACCACCCGCUGCUUCCAUGUCUCCGACUCCCAGCUGUAUGGAGAAGCAUGCUAUGCCUCAAAAUUUGCAUGGCAGAUUUCCCUCACUAAAAGUAAGAAGAUUGUCAAGACGGCUGCUUUUGCAAUUUUUGGGGUUCAACCCCAUACUACUGUGUGUUUAUCCCAUUGUUGCUGCACCAGUACCAGAGAUGAAAGACCUUGAAGUUAUUAGGACCUUCAAGCUAGCCAGUGGCGUGAGAAUUCAAGAUAUUGUUGAAGGGGAAGGAUCAGAAGCCCAUGAAGGAGAUCUUGUUGAAGUCAAUUAUGUAUGCAGGCGCUCAAAUGGAUACUUUGUUCACAGCACUGUCGAUCAAUUCAGUGGAGAAAGCAAACCAAUUACACUUCCGUUGGAUGAUAAUCUGAUCAUAAAGGGCUUGAAGGAGGUUCUGAUUGGCAUGAGGGUUGGAGGAAAAAGGAGAGCAUUGAUACCUCCUUCAUUGGGAUACAUCAACGAAAAUUUAAAGCCAAUCCCCAAAGAGUUUGGGCCUCGACGAAGCCUUUUUUCCCAUACAAACGAGCCUUUGGUAUUUGAGGUGCAGCUCCUGAAAGUAAUAUGAAAGAGUUCCUGAAUGCUGUACUCGAUUUGAUGUCUCUUUUGGUGGGCAAUAGUGAUGUUUCAUAAGACCGGAUUAUUUGAUUUGGAUGUUCCAGGCCUUGGAACCGAUAAAUGUGUAGAAUGGAUAACCAUUGGUUGUUUCAAAUGGGACUUUAAUGGAUUAUUGUUGAAGAUGUUAAGAUCAGUAUUUAGUGAGCGGCUAAA